CGCGCGCGAACCAUAGCUCUGCUCGUACCUCGCUGCGGGUCUCGGCAGACGCGUACGGUCAGAGUCUUGGACGCGGUCGACAAGUUACUUCACUUCCUCUUAACUCGCUGCGUCUCCAGUUGGCCAAUAACUCCCGUUUAUUUCAGGGUUCGUUUUAGUUCCCGUUACUCAGUGGCAGAGACACAGAGUCGGUGGGGAAAUGCGGUGCAGUGUAGGGCACAAUCUGCCAUUACAGCAGCGCGAAUGCGAUUUUAAUAUUUGCGUUUAACGCGUCGGGGUAUCCCCACUGCUCUAAAUGAACCUUAAAGGGCGAUUUCUUAGAGCUCUGGUGAUCGGAGGGAAGAAAUGUUUGCUUUUCUAGUCACAAUUAUUCUGGCUGUAAUCCCCCCCAUUUGUAAAGGUCAGCAUGCGAAAACCUGCAAUGUUGCCCCUAAAGAUCAGUACAUCGAAGUGGGAUCUGAUACCGAGAUAGUGUGUCAGACUUCAUGUGUCCGUGGCAAAAUCUUCUGGACACUGAACAACAGACCCAUCGAUGGAAGCCUGUCACACACCAUCAACUCCUCACACACAGUAUUGUCACUGAGGAACUUCACCCAGCACAGCGCUACAUUGCAGUGCCACAGUGCAGAUACUGAGCAAGUCCUUGGAGGCACCACUAUCAGAACCUACUCAAAACCCAGAAAAAUAUCAUGCAUCUUGCAUUAUGAAAAUCAGGCGAUAGAAGGUGUACCGCAACUGUUCACAUGCAAGUGGGAGCAUCAGAUUAACUCUUCACUGAAAAUAAACUACACUGUACUUGUCUCUUCGUUACACGUUUCCCAGAUUGAAAUCUGCAACUCACAUGUAAAUACAUGCACAUCCAAGGAUAUACAUUUAUCUGAUAAAAUACAUCUCUCCAUGAAUAUCCGUGUUACUGUGAGAGCUAAAACUGCUUUUUGGGAAUCUUACUCUGACCUUCGUGAAUUUGACCCCUAUAACAUAUUGAAAAUUAUCCCUCCAAAGUUAAACACAACUGUCUUGUCGGAUCAGCUGUUGGUUGAGUGGAAAGGAUCCGCUGUCCUAAGAAAAUGUCACUGUCAGGUCAAUUACAGCAAGACUGUCAGUGACGGAACUCCAGCGAAGUUGCUCAGUAAGACUCUAAACCCUAAAGAGAAUGGGAGAGUGAUCCAAAAAGUGGAAUCAUGCAGUAACUACAGAGUUUCAGUCCGCUGUGCUUUAGACAAAGCCCCCUGGAGCGACUGGAGCCAGGAGAAGACGGUUCUGACCAAACUAAAUAAGAAUGAUGUCAAUCUGCACCUGUGGAGAAAGGUAGCCGAACCGGAGAAAAACGGAGUCAGAGAAGUUCGUGCCAUGUGGAGGGAGAUUCCUUCAACAUGCCAAGGAACAUUUACCUAUAUGAUCAAAAAGAUCCCCUACAAGGAACAUGUUACUGCAGUCAAUUAUACGGAUACUUUAUGCAGCAGAUCAACCUGUGCUGUUGAUCUGAACGGAGAUGCACACAGAAUAAAUCUCACAGUCUUCCAUAAUGAAGCCCUUCUUGCCGAGGACUCUGUUUAUGUUCCAGCCAUUGGAGAGAGCCUCCCACAAGUUACUGAAAUCAACACUACAACCACUAAAGGUGUUAUUCUGGUCAGCUGGAAGGCUCCUGUUCAGCCCGUCAGAGGUUACAUGAUCGACUGGACCCACGAUGGAAAUCAGUAUUAUUGGAAGGAGAGCAAAUACAAUAACGCAACACUGUCUGAAAUCCUGGACAAGAAGCCAUACAAUAUCACAGUAACUCCUCUCUUUAAUGACAAGACAGGUCAUAGCACACAAGCCCUUCAGACCUGCUCCAGAGUAGGAGAUCCAGGGAAUGUCACUAUCGUCAGUGUUCAAGCUAACGACGUAAGUGCCUAUGUGAGUUGGGACACCAAGUCCCAGGAGGAAUGCAGUGGUGCUGUCGUCAACUACACAGUCUUCUACAGUACUCAGAGAGGACCAACGCUCAGUCCGUCACAGAACUAUGUUACUGUAGAUAGCACGAAGCAGGAAAUCUUUUUAAAAGAUCUGAAUCCAGACACCCAAUACAGUGUCUACGUCAAGGCCACAGCUCAUACUGGAACUACCAAAAGCAGUGAGAGGCUCUUUAAAACCAAAAGAUUUGAUCCGAGGCUCAUUACAGCGCUCAGUGUCACUGGAAGCAUCGUUAUAAUUCUUGUGCUCUCUCUGGGAUUGUGCUGCGCUAUUCAAUGGAAGAAAUUCAGGGAGAAGCCGGUGCCUGACCCGAGCCUCAGCUCUCUGGCGCUGUGGCCAUCGCCAGGUCAUCAAAAGGGGAUAUGCCCCUUCCAGGCAUUCAGUAGUCCGCCUGAAAGCUUCUGUGACAGGGUUUACACAGAGGGACCUCAGAGAACGUCAACCUCUCCACUUGAUACAGGCUGUAAUGGCAACCCAGCCAUUGACCAGACGGAGGAAUACACUGACCCGGCCAUAGCUCUCGCACCUGAUGUACAGAACGAGAAACCUCUCGAACUUGUAGAGACACGGCAUCCGGGUUCUUGCGAAGAAUCCACAGCGUUACUGUCAUCAGAGAACAGCCCAUUGAACCCAUAUCGAAGUCAGAGUUCUGUAGAAGUCCCUGCCCCGGUGACAAGUAAACAACGUAAGCACGUUACAGUAAAACAGCAAGAAAAGACGGCACCGGUGACUGUUUAUGUCACUUUGAACAUGUUUGAACAAGGUCAGGGACGGUGAGAGCAAAGGAAAGGAAAGCAUAACAACCACGAGUCAGCAUGCGUAAGUAUAUCAGCUCUGAAUAAAGCUUUCCAAAACUCCUCUUUCCAAAGACUUAUUUUGUGGUGUGUUAAUUGGCACUGUGUCCAGUGUGGAAUGAACGUAAAGAAUGAUUGUAAUCUUAUAUCAAACUUCAUCACCCAGGUAAUAAAAUGCAAUGUUUUGUGUCACAUUUUGCCACUGUUUAUCCUUUAUUGAUACAACAAUGUAAUAUUUAUGGCUAAACAAUGUGUGUAGUAGCAGCUUUAUUAAGUCAACCUGAUGUACACCAAUCAGCCCCGACAUUAAAAUCAGUUACCGGUUUAAAUAGAAAUAAUGAGAUAACUGUAUAUGCCUCAUAUGACACAGCUUUUCAUAUGAAAAGAGUUAAGGAAUUUAACAAUUAGCACUGUAAACAAAAAAAAAUUUUGUUUUAUGUUGACAUGUUUUUUUUUUUUUUUUUACUGAGUAAUCACAUUGGCACCAAGAUAAUGCAGGAGAGGCUGAAAUAAUGUAACAAAUAUGUACAUGUACACUUUGUAUUAUAUGAUAAUUUCCUCCAGUUUGUGUUGUGAGAGUAUGUAAAUGUAAAUAAGGGAACUGAUAUUUUGUUGUAAACAUAAUGUGAGCUAUGUAUUAUAAGAUUCUCUGUUGUUCCCUGUUUGUUACCACUGAUAUCUUCACUUGUUAAAAAAGUAGUAAACUUGCUUGAGACUAUAAAGCUGUUA